UGACAAUCGAUCAGUGUGCGAGAAAUUUUAAAAAGUGAUGUUAACCAACAAGUAACCAACAACAACACGCAACUGUCAGCGUGUUUUUGAAUUGAAACGCGUAUUUGAGGAUUUUGCAUUGAUACCGCGGGGCCAUGGCGGAAGAAAGUGGCUCUGGCGAACCUUCCAAGAAGCCGAAACUCGAUGACAAUGACGGCGACGGCGACGACGAGAAGUGGGUCGGCCCGAUGCCGAGCGAAGCCGCUCAACCCAAGCGCAAAAAGAUUCUUCAGUACGAAAAGCUUUACCUUGACAACUUGCCAAGCUCCGAGGUCUAUGAAAAGAGUUUCAUGCAUAGGGAUGUAAUCACUCAUGUCAUUGUCACAAAGACAGAAUUCGUUAUAACUGCAAGCUGUGAGGGCCACAUCAAAUUUUGGAAGAAACAACCAGAGUCAAUCGAAUUUGUCAAACAUUUCCGAAGCCACCUUGAUACUAUCACGGAUGUUGCAGCAAAUGCUAAUGGAACACUAUUUGUUUCAUGUGGGGCAGACAAGGCUUUAAAAAUUUUUGAUGUUGUCAACUUUGAUAUGAUCAACAUGAUAAAAUUGAGUUUUGCUCCCAAUCGAGUUGAAUGGAUCCAUAGUCCUGGCGAUGCCAUUAACGCCCUGGCUGUGUCGGAAGCAGGCAGCCACAAAAUCUAUGUAUUUGAUGGCCAAGGGAAGGGUACACCUCUGCACAUACUGGAUAAACUUCACACCAAACCAGUGGUCUGCAUGAAAUACAAUGCUGCCCUAUCCAUUGUUGUUUCUGCAGACAAGACAGGUAUUGUGGAGUAUUGGACAGGCCCUAAAACUGAUUACAAGUUUCCUAAAAAUGUCACUUUUGACUCAAAGUUAGACACUGACUUGUUUGAUUUUGUCAAGAGUAAGACAUAUCCUGUUAGCAUUGCUUUCCCUCCUCAAGGAAAUAAAAUGGCCAUACUCUCUGCAGAUCGGAAGGUUCGAAUUUUCAAUUUCCUGAGUGGAAAAUUGAGUAGAGUGUAUGAUGAAUCACUGUCAUGUUUUGUACAAAUGCAUCAAGCUAAACAACAGUUACCCAACAUGGAAUUUAAUAGGAGAUUAGCAACAGAACGAGAACUGGAGAAGGCUGAUCCUCCCACAUUUGGCAAUAUACUGUAUGAUGAAAGUGGUCACUUCAUCUUGUACACUACUAUGCUGGGAAUUAAGUUAGUUAACACCUACACCAACCGGUGUGUUAUGUUUAUUGGAAAAUCUGAAAAUUUACGACCGCUUCAUAUUGGCCUUUUCCAGGGCCGUGCUCGUAGGACAAAAGCUGCUGUGACUGUUGAACUUGAAGCUUCAGAAAAUCCCACCUUGGAUAAUGUUCAGUCUGAUCCAACAUUGUUUUGCACUGCAUACAAGAAAAACAGAUUUUACCUCUUUACAAAGAAUGCCCCUGACGACACAAAAAGCCAUGACAACGAGAGAGAUGUUUUCAAUGAGAAACCAUCUAAAGAUGAUAUUAUCGCUGCAACAGAAGCCACAGGUAUUCAAAGGGUCUAUGAAACAGCCAUUAUUCAUACUGCAAUGGGAGACAUUCACAUCAAAUUGUUCCUAGAAUGUCCCAAAGCAGUUGAGAACUUCUGCGUUCAUAGCAAGAAUGGCUACUUCAAUGGUCACAUAUUUCAUCGUGUAAUCAAGGGUUUCAUGGUUCAAACCGGAGAUCCAACAGGAACGGGAACUGGAGGUGAAAGUAUAUGGGGCGGAGAAUUUGAGGAUGAAUUUCGACCUAACUUGAGGCAUGAUCGCCCGUACACUGUGAGCAUGGCAAAUGCUGGAGCAAAUACCAAUGGAAGUCAAUUCUUUAUCUCUGUUAUUCCAACACCUUGGUUGGACAACAAACACACUGUCUUUGGCCGAGUGGUCAAAGGGAUGGAGGUUGUGCAGAACAUCAGUAAUGUUAAGACCAACCCCAAGACGGACAAGCCCUACGAUGAUGUACAAAUUAUUAGUGUAACUGUGAAAUGAAGUGAAACAAUGCAGGCAGAAUCAAAGAAACUGUAACAAAUGAACUCAGAUUUGUAAAUUUAAAUGUCUCAACUGUUCAAGAGUCAUCUUCCGGCUGAAUUUUAUCUCUAAUCACUGUGCUACAACGCCAAAAUAAAUAAAGUCCGAUUUUAAAAUUAUUA